GGCCUCAUUAAUAUAAGAUUCUAUAAAUACUAAGUAAAUUGUGAAUAUUAUUUUAGAGUUGAAGAGAAUAUUCAAGAACAUACUUGUUCAUAAUCCUACUGCCAAAUAAGAAUAGAAAGUACAUUAUGUUGCUUCUAUUUUUGGUGACAUUACAACUAUAUAUUAUCGGAGUUUUCGCUGAUAAUAUGGAUCAUUUCCGUCCCGCAAUAAAUCCAGUUGAUGUAAAAACAUAUGAAAACAAUUUUGGAUGGACUGUAGGCAUUUUUAAACGCACAUUUUCUUCGAGAAAAAAUAAUGAGUAUGAAUAUAUUUGUCAAGGUGCACUCAUUAAUCCGAAAAUUGUUUUAGCACCAGGCCUAUGUAUUGUAAAAGAUACAAAAUUAUCACAAUUAAAAGUUCGUGGAUACGAUCCAAUAAACAAUGAUCUACAGAGAGAUAGUGCUUUACCAAUUUCAUAUGUCAACCGCAAUAUUAUCAAAGUUUUCUACCAUUGGAAAACAGAUAAUGGAAGUUUCAGUAGUGUGUCUAAACGUAAUCUCAUUAUGAUGGUUCUUGAUCGAGGUAUAAUACAUUAUCCAGCAAUUGGAAUUUUACAGCCAACAAUGAGAAGAAGUGUAAAUAGGAUUGGAUGCCUUCUUGUGAGUCUUUUCGAAGAUGUUCAAGGUCUCAUUGUACACAAAUUGGAUGCAAUAUAUACAGAAAUUUCACAAUGUCAAUCAAGAUCAUUUAUUGAGCCGACAAACAAUGCAGAAUUUACAGAAACAUCUAGAACAACACUCUGCACUCCUUUCUCCAAACCCAAUGAACAAGCAUUACCACUUGGUAGUACUUUAAUAUGUCGAUACAAUGAAGAUCCAGGCAGCUACUUUUUAACAGGAAUGCUAUUAGAUCAAAAUCAAUAUUGGACUAAACUCGUUAAAUUGGAAAACACAGCAUCGUGGAUAAAUAAAACAUUAAAUGAAUAUAAAAUUAAUAUCAAAAUAUACACUGAAUAAUAUAUUUCGUUUUGAUUAUAAAUAUAUGUAGUAAUAAUGAAUAUUCAAUUAAAUGAAAAUAUAAUAUUAUACUCAUAA